AUGAACGAUAACUUCAUUGAUGAAGAAAAUGAAGGGCAUAUAUAAAGUAACAGAAAAAAACAUUACAACUAAUUAUUAAGUACUUGUUAGAAGGUUUCUAUUGGAUGCUUGUCUCUAUGCGGACUGACUAUCUUUAUUUUAUCAUUCUUUAUUCCGUCGUUUGUUGAAAAUAUGAUUAAUGGCAAAGUGCCCGAUUAGGUGAUUCUAACAGAGUCAAAUAGUGGAUUGUGGGCAAAGCUACCAGGGGAUUCCCAGGUUGAUUUAAUGCGAGUAUUGACAGUCUAUGAACCAACAAAUUUACUUGACGUCAUUUUUCGUGGGCAAAAACCUUAAUUUAUAGAACAUGAAAAAGUGUACUCACUAAUUCAAGUGCAAGAAUUUACAAAUCGAACUUAUUCAGAAGAUGGUAAGGAAGUAACUAGUAAUCGUUACGUAACCUUUUAAGAAAAGAAUGCAGAAGAAGGCACAAAAGAAUACUCAGUGGUAAAUCCAGGAUUAUUUGGAAGUUGGUAUUUAGGUACUCAUUUGCCAUAGCCGAAAUUGACUUGGAUGACCAUUGGAUAAGUGAUGUAAAAUCUGUAGGAAUAAUUAGUGUUGAAUAUCUAUUAUCAAGGGUUUCAUUAUCAAUUUGUGAAGGAUGAGGCCUCAUGCAAUGCAUUAUUGAAAAUGAUCAAUGAUGAGCAAAAACGAAAGGACAUGUUUUAUGAUCAUUUCAUGGGAUUGGGAAAUCCUGACACAAUGGAGAAUUGGGUUCGUUUGGGUUUGGAAGGACAUAACUUUGGGCCAGCAGGCUAAUUACUAAGGGAUUACUUCGAUCUAAACUAAGAACUUGUGAAUGACAUUCGAAAGGCCGUGAGUGAACAAAUUAAAGCCAUCAAUGUAUCCGCAAUGGCUAAUAGUUAUAAUUGUAAUCCUUACGGAUAGGAUCCAGAUCAAAAGAAAUACAAGUACGAUUGCGAUGGCAAAUAUUUUACCGCUUUGUAAUGGCAAUCAAGUGGAAUUUCAGCCAAUCCCCCUCCAGGUUUGGGAAUUCUGCCAACCGAUUCUGUCAACUUUACAAAUAAUACAUUGCAUGAUUAUAUUGAAAUUGCAUACUAUUACAAAGGAGGAGAGUUUGAAGCUGACUAUGGAGAUUAGACAUUUGAUUUAGAUUGGGCAUAUCAAUUCCUAAAUAGAAAUUACGAUUAUCCAGUUGGUGGUUAUAUGAAGGAUGAAAAUCUCUUAUAGCACAAGGGGAAUGUUGAGUUUAUCUAUGAGGUAGGAGCCAAAUUCGAUAAGAGUAAGAACUUAGAAGACUUGAAACCAAUAUAAGAGAGAUUUCAAAUAAAAUCAUUAGAAUUGGCUCAUGUUGUUUAUAGAUGGGUAUAAUAAAUGGGUGUUAACUUUUCUUUUAGGAGAAAUUUAGGAGGUAAGCUUGAACAUGGAGGAAUUGGUUUGUUUGCCAGUGAAUCAAUUUAUUAUCACUUUAGGAAUGUGAGUGAAUACUUGUUGCCUUAUUUGUUGAGCUCAGAAAUGAUAUUUAAAUAGAAAUGGAAGGAUUGUAAGACUAUGUUCAAAUCAAGUAUCGGGAAUAUUGAUGAUAAAUAGGCUGAAUCCAUUUGCAAGAGCAUGGGGUAUCAACUAAAUGUUAAUCAUUUCAUGACUAUCUAAUAAUUGUGCACUUUCGGAGUUUAUGGAGCUUAGUUGUAAGAAUUUGGGAAGUAGCACUCAUUGACUUAAAAUCAGAUCUUUGAGAUAUGUUCAGAAAAGGGUUCCACUGAUCAAUCCUUCUAGGAUGCUUUUCAACUUGUACACGCAGAAUUGAAGGAAAAAUAUAACUGUCAAUAUACACAUUGUUCCAAAUAAGAAAUAGCAAUCAAAUAAUUUGCCAGAUGUGAAAUUACUCUAAAUCCACCUCCAUCUUUGACUAAAUAGAAGAGCAUUCACUAUUGGAAUAAAAAGUAAUUCCCUCGUCCUUUUGAGUAUGGCUACUUUAUGACUGAAUACAAAGAUAUUUUUACUAAGGAACCACCUCAAAUGACAGAUUUUCAAGCUAAAAAGCUCUUGCAUUUCAAGGGGAUAUUUAAUCCUUUAGCAAUCACAUCGGCAUUCAUUUAUGAAAAAAAUCAUCCAGCAUUUUAUUUGAAAUUCAUAGAUAUCUAUCAAGUAAGAGAAUAUGAACAUAUUACUUAAUAUUUGAGAUUUGCUGCCAUUCAAGGAGUCAUGGGUGGAUUGGCAACUACUAGGACUCCAAAAGAGUUAUUCUUUGGUUACUCAGAACCUCUGGGGGAAGAAUUGAAAAACAAUGAUCCAGCUGGAAAUGGUGAUCCAUCCACUAAUUCAUGGGUUAUGUUGGGAGAUCCAAAUAUGACAAUUGAUGAUAGUUAUAAUUAUCCAUAAGUAUUAUUCACAGGGAAGGACAAUUUAACAAUGACAAGAUAUUUAAAGUCUAUGAAUAGAUACGAUUAUGCAAUUUACAAUUAUUCAUAUUUUGAUGGGAAUAAGACAUUCACUAAAUGGGAGAAUCCUUGGAAUGAAAAAGAAUAUAUAACCUCAUCGACUGACGGAAUUACUUUUAAGCCCUUUUUGGAAAAAGAAGACAUGAUUAGGCUCUAUGUCCCUUAGCUAUAUCGAGUGUUGGAAUUGAAAUCAACAUCCAGUGGUCCAAAAAUCCAUGGCUUAGAUACUAUUCACUUUGAAUUAAGUAUGGAUAAUCUCAAAAUUGAUCCAAAAUACAAUAAUUAAUGGAAUGGAACAAUCAAUAUGGAGAAACCAUUCAAUGCUCCAGCCGUUGUAUCUCUGCCUCACUUCUAUCAAAGUUAGAGCAACCUUUCAGAUCUCGUAACUAUUGUUAAUAAGGAUGGACAUGUGAUAACUGCUAAUGACUAUGAUAAAAUAUAUGCAAAUAUAGAGAAAUACUCUGGUGCUCCAUUGCAAGCAGUCAUUCAGUUUAUGAUUUCCAUGAAAAUUCAAAAGGAUGAACUGUUUGUAAAUGUUAAAGAAGACAUGGUGUUGCCAUUAAUCACUCUUUAUAAUUCAGGCAAUUUCACAGAAAAAGGUGUGAAAGCGAACUUUGGAGAACUCAAAACUGGGCUUUCUACAAUAAAUUGGGGAUGGUAUUUAGUUAUGACUGUUGGAAUAAUUAUGAUUUUGGGUGCAGUUCUUAUUGUAGUGAUAGCCAAAUACAAGAAAUAGAAAGUAGAAUCAGUCAUUAGUGAACUAUGA